AUCCCCCCAUUACAAACCCCAAACCCGUUAAUAUCACCUUGUCAGAAGAUAUCCUUUCGCUGCCACCCAUCCAGCAUCAUCUUCUAACCUCCCAUUCCAACACCCAACCCACAUCCACAACCACCAACACCAAGAUGCGUUUCUCUGCCGUCUCCGUUGCCCUUUUGGCUGGCGUCGUCGCCGCUGCUCCUCAGGUUCAGCCCAUCUCCCAGAUCAGCGACGGCCAGAUCCAGGCUCCUCCCGCUACCCAGGUCCCCGCCGUCUCUUCCGUCGUGGCCUCUCCCCCAGCUGGCACCUAUCCCGCUGCCUCUCCCCCCGCUGCUGCCUCGUCCGUAGCAUCUCCCCCGGCUGGCGCGUCGUCCGUGGCAACCCCUCCCGCCGCUGCCUCGUCUGUCGCUACUCCCCCCGCUGCCACCUACCCUGCUGUCACUCCCUCAGGUGCUACCGCCACUCCCAUCAGCCCGGCUUCGUCUCUACUCGUUCCCAUCGUUCCUGGUAACGGCACCGUCGUUGUCCCCAGCUCAACCGGCGCCGUCGUCUCGAGCUCUGCACCUGCUGCCAGCAAGUCUUCCGGUGUCGCAGGCAGCGCUACCCGCAGCUCUGGCGUACCACAGCAGUCCACCGGCGCUGCUGCCGGCAACGCCAUCUCCUUCGGUGGCCUCGUCUUCGCCCUGGCUGCUGGUAUCUUCGCUUAAACGCCCUGCCCCAUCAUUGGCCAUUCAUUCCCCCCUUUCACAUCACGGCACUGGACUUGCGCGACAUGUUGCUCGCCUCGUCAUCGCUUCUUAGCAUACCAACCAUGUACUAGGGUUCGUCACCAAAGGACGGCACUGGUGGUUACUCGCUUUUUUGGUUCUUCCAUGACAUAACCGGUUGCAUGGUCGGGUUCGAUUACAUUCGAUAUGCUGGAGUAAUAUUUGCAUCAUGGUGGUUAAUAGUCUAUCGAGUCGGGUUUGGCGCUUAGGUAUGACUGCAUGUAUCCACUAAUGCCACAACGGAUUGCAUGUGUGUCGUGUAUAGAUAGUUCUUGAAUCAAGACAUCGGCGCCACAAAAGGCGCCCCCAAAA